AAAGCAGGCAUAGACCGAACGCGCAUGCUCGUCGUCUGUUUGCUAAUACCACCGUUGUACCUUGUUUCUCUUCUAAAUAAUACAAAAAAUCACCAACGAUAUGAAUAAUGUAAAGUGAUAUUUAUGUGUGAUUUAAAAUUGCAAUGAUGCAGGUGUCACCGCGACCUCUAGAUCGCGUACUAGAUGGAUACCGCAUGCGGCAGAGGGCGCUCAGCGUAGAGCAACUGACUCAACUUGCAGCUCAGUUGCACAUCGCUCACCUCGCUGAACUGAGGCGACUACGGGAUUAUCGCCGACGUUUGGAUGACGUACAGCCUUAUCGUCCGCAACAUACAGAUCAUCUGUUGAGAGUUAACAAUGGCCUAGAGGAGGGCGUGGUGCCGGGGACGUGGAGGCCCGUGGUGUUGCCGCGCAAUCUACAGGAACUCUUUGAUACUGUGCCAAAGACGCCCCAGGUGAAAGCGGCAGACAGUGCAGGCGUGUGGCGCGCGACGCGGGGCUGGGCGGCAGGCGCACUGCUGCUGCUUGCUGCUCUGUUUCUGCUGCGAGCAACCGACCGUUUCUUCACCCGCAACUACCUGCGGUGGCGCCGAAGUCGGUCGGAAGAAUGGCCCACUCCUAACGUGUUAGCGACGAGUCAAGUGGAGACGCCGCCCGUGGAGGUGGACUCUCCUUCGGAGGCGGUCGAUGCUGACUUCCCGGUUGACCUGCCUCCGCCCUACUCUGAAUGCUCCCUCAAGCACAGAUACGAGGAACCGCCUCCACCCUACUCCGCAUGCUACGUUGAAUUUACGAACCCGAAGGACGGUAUCCCAGCCGUUCACUUCUACAACAGCCGGCGACAGAAUAUUUUUCGAGACCUGGAUGCGGGAACGUCUAGCAGUGAUACGGGUCAGCGCGAGGCUCCAAGAAGUGAUGAAAGACUAAGUGAAGCGAGGGCAGAAUCACCGAAAGUGUUCAGCGACGCUUGUUGAUCGAUAUUAGAAUCUAAAAACCUUUUAAAGAAUAAUCUAUGCUAGGAGUCUCGUUUAUUUAAAAAAAAUAUUGUGAUUUUAUUCGUAUUAAUUAGGUGGAUGAUAAUAUAACCUUUGCAGUAGGUACCAAUAAAUUCGAAUCUAAUCGAAUAAUUAAUAAUAACUUGCAGUGAUCAAACGCAACGAAUUCGGGAACUCUAUUAGAUAAGUAUAAAUUGAGAUGGUUCGAAAUGUGUGAUAAAAGUGGAAAUGUGAUUACUGAUUUAAGAAGUAGUACCAAUUAGGUGCGGUCGAUAGGUAGUUAUUAAGUAGUAUUUUUGCUAGAAGUUAUUAUAAUUAUGUACUUUGUAGCUGAUUUAAACGAUGGCCGGAUACUAUUGCACAAAGAGACAUUAUAUACGAAUCUCUAGUUUUGCACUUCUUCCGUCGCAAAAUAAUCUCACUUUGAAUGUUUUUAACGAAAAUACAAUUUUAAUGGUUUCAUUUUACAGUUAUACUAUCUAUCUAUUUCAUUCUUCGCUUAAAAUGAAUAAGUAUUCUUUAAAGUAAGAACAAUAUGCUUUGGGUCAUUUGUUAAAUAAUUUGUUACACUUCAGUUAAUAGUUUCUGAAUAUACUGAUCAAUAAGUAUGUUACUAGUGUGCAAAAUGUAGUACCUGGUAUACCAAAGAAAGGAAUAAUUUAUAAAUAUACUUUUUAAAUAUGAACGUUAUUUAACUACACGCCGAACAAGUUCUUAUUAGAUAAUAUAGUCACGAUUUUCCGUGGUUUGUACGGCAAAGUAUUCGAUGGGUAAUAACUUAAUUAAUGAUCGAGCGGAAUAGGAAUGCGUCACAAAAACCAACUGUUUGUAAAAAUUUAAUUUGCUUUCAGAUCAAAGAUUUAGGUAUGUGUACUUAUUAAUUAACACUUAACAAUAUUAAUAAAUGCACAUUAAGCUA